UGAUAUGAUCAACUAGUUCUUAACUUCUGUGGUUAGGAACUUUGAUGGCUCUAUUUAAACAGCAAUUUAUAAAUUUAUAACUGUAUUUAGUAAAUAAAAUACCCAUUUAUUCCAUAAUAAUACAUGCAUAUACACAUAAGACUUAAUGAAAUUCAUUAAUAAAGUAAUAUGUAGAAAAAUAAAACAUCCUCAGUACUAUACACUUUUCACAAACAUGUGUGGAAUUAUUUGUGAAAUUUUGUAUAAACCAAUUUAUAGCAUUUUUGAGGAUGAGGUACAAUUACAACGAAUUAAAAAUAGAGGGCCAAAUUGUGUCCACUCCUGUUCGUUUAAAAUAAAUGAACACAUCGUCAUAUCUUUUUGUGGUGCAGUAUUAUGGACCCAAGGACCCACAAUAACUCCACAACCAGUAGAAAAUGAAAAAGGUGUGCUUCUUUUUAAUGGUGAUAUUUACGAUGAAACAUGGGAUACAAAAUACAGUGAUACUCAGAUCAUUAUGGAAAAAUUCAGUGAUUGUGACUCCUCCCAGGAAAAAAUAAUACAGGUGAUCAAAUCAUUAAAAGGGCCAUUUUGCAUUAUAUAUUAUGAUAAAUUUUCUAAAGUCCUAUAUUUUACAAGAGAUAGGAUUGGAAGAGGAAGUUUAUUAGUGCAUAAAUCAGACCACUCAAUUGUAAUAAGCAGUGUUUUGGGAAGAAAAUAUCCAUGCAUAGAAAUACCAGCCUGUAAUAUAUAUAAAUUAGAAAUACUAAGUAAAGUAAUAACUAGAUUUGUUUGGGAUUCUCAGCUAAAAAAUCUAUGUGAUUUCCAUGAUUGGAUCCAAAAUAUUGAAUUACUACAGAAUUUACCAGAUAAUGAAUUUACUUUUAACUGUGAUGUUGAAGCAGGUUUAAAUAUUGAAGAUGACAUUUUGAUUUUUAUUGAUGAAGUUUCAAAGAAAUACUCUUCCAAAGAAGAAAUAAUAAAUCAACUUUUAAAACAACCAACAAUAUUGCAAACAAUACAAAAAUCAUUACAAUUACUAGAACAAAGUGUUAAAGUGCGUCUAGAAAAGCACCCUAACAAGUGUAAAAAUUGUUUAAAUGAAGAUAUAAAAUGUUCACACUGUACAGUGGGAGUUUUAUUUUCUGGAGGCUUAGAUUGCACUAUUUUAGCAUAUCUAACAGACAAAUAUGUACCCAAAGAUCAACCAAUCGACUUAAUCAAUGUUGCUUUUAAGACAGAAAAUUGUACAACAUAUGAUGUACCAGACCGUAUUACGGGUAAGAUAUCAUAUGAAGAGCUUAAAAAAAAUUGUAAGUCAAGGAACUGGGUUUUUCGGGAGGUUAAUAUACCAAAGGAAGAAUUAGAAAAAUGUCAGAGUACUACUAUAGCAGAUCUUGUAUUUCCAAGGAAGACAAUAUUAGAUGAAAGCCUAGGUUCAGCUCUCUGGUACUCUGCUUGGGGGCAGAAUAAUGAGGAUACCUCUCCAUGUCGGGUUCUGCUAAUCGGAUCAGGAGCUGAUGAGCUAUUUGGAGGCUACACCAGACAUAGAAAUGUGUUCAAACGUCAGGGAUGGACAGGAUUAGUGAACGAACUGUACUUAGAAUGGAGCAGAAUUUCAUAUCGUAAUCUGGCCAGAGAUAAUAGAGUUAUGUGUGAUCAUGGUAGAAUACCAAGGCUGCCAUAUUUAGAUGAAGAUUUUUCAAGCUAUAUUUUACAAUUAAAGCCAUGGCUGAGAUGCUUUCCCAGUGAACAUUUAGGAAUGGGUAUUGGAGAUAAAUUGUUGUUACGACUUUUAGCAGCGCAUCUCGGAUUAACACAAGUAGCGACUCUACCGAAACGCGCUUUACAAUUUGGAUCAAGAAUCGCAAAUAAGAAACAAAAAGGCAGCGAUAUUUCCAAGAAUUUGCAAUAA